CCAAACCCAGUCCAAAGUUACACUUAUAAAAAUACCAAAUCCAAGCACCAUGUUAACUACUGUUACUGUUACUGUUACUCAUCGCGCCGCCCCGCCCCGCCCCUUGUUCCUCCACAAUGCGGGGAAACCUUCUCGGAACCACCGACAAGCGGCCGAAAGCCCUGUCUCCAACGAAGGCGCCACCCAUCCUUCCGGGCGAGGUGAUCGAGGAGAUCCUGGUGAGGGUCCCGGCGAGUAGCCUUGUGAAAUUGAAGAUUGUGUGCAAAUCAUGGAAUGCACUCAUCUCCAACCCCGAAUUCGUCAGCGACAACGUUCACCGGUCAAGAGCAGAUCCAAGACUGGUAUAUCGCUUUCGAGAUAGUCGCAAAAUCCACUUUUCGUCGGUGCAGUCUCUGUUCAAGAAUCCAUCCGCCCUUCUUACCAAAGAUGGCUGCUUCGAGAUGGAUGGUGAUCUGCAUAUCUUGGGUUCCUGCAAUGGCUUGAUCUGCCUCGGCUUGAUGAGCGGUCGUUUUCACUUGGGAUCCAUCCGAUUGUGGAACCCCUGUACCAGAUCGGCAUCGGAUUGGUUGAAAAUUCGGGCGAUAAAGGAUGACAUGUAUGGUUUUGGCUAUGAUCAUGUGCAUGAUAAUUACAAGUUUCUCGAGGGUUGUUGGAUAUACGGCCACAAAAUCCACACCUUCGGUUCGAAUUAUUGGACAACCAUCGUUCAAGAUCCCCUAUCUUACCACCCCAAGCUGGGGAUAGGGACGUUUGUGUAUGGCACUCUGAAUUGGGCAGCUCAGGCUCAUAGCAACUUUCUCGAAUGGGUGAUCCUUUCCUUUGACUUAGCCAACGAGAAUUUUGCCCCAUUGUCUCUGCCUGAUAUGAAUAAUAGGGACGAGCAUUAUGAUCCUGCGGUGGGUGUGUUGAGGGACAGGCUUUGUGUUUGUUUGAAGGAAAACUAUGGUGGUUGGAUUUUUUGGGUGAUGAAGGAGUAUGGGGUUCAAAAGUCAUGGACUAAGUUGAUCACCGUAUUUAGUAAUGAGCGCGUAUAUCCACCCAUGUUUUAUUCACUUAAAGCCAUGUACAUGACGGAAAAUGAUGACGUUGUGGCUGUUUCCCUUAGUCCCAGUGAUUCUAGAAUUUUCAAAUUAGUUAUUAUUAGUUCAAAUGAUGCCCGCAGAUCGCAUCGAAUUUUCGGCCAACGAACUUUAGUCGACGCAGAUCAUCAGAAUUGCUAUGUUUACCAAGAAAGCUUGGUUUCGCCCUCCCAUUUAGGCCUUCCAAGUUUCCACUACUGAUAAAAUAAAAUCAGUCCAUGUUUAUUGCUUAAUGACUUCCUGUUAUUGUAAGUGUUACUCUCAUUCAUCAAUGCAGUUUAUUUUGUUGUUUACCUCAA